CCACUAGCGGGGCGGGGCGGGCGGGCUGCAGCAGCGGUUCUUCGUUGGGCUGUAGGGCACAGUCGCGAGAUGCGCACGCCCCAGUGAGCGACUGGUUUGGCGCGGAGCUGCCUGUGUCUGCGCGCGUGUUUGUAUCGUUGUGUUCCCGGAGACCAAACCCGGAUCCGGCAGCCCGGCGCGAAAGUCGGACCGGGACAGAGAGAAGCAGCAGCAGCGGCAUGGUGGGCGUCAGGGUGGCCCCGGCCGCCGACCUGGACCUGGAAGCUCACAGAAGACUGGUGCUGAAGGGAAAAUCGACGACCACCAUGGCUAGAAAGUGUGAUAUUUGUCACUGGACAUGCGCAUCAGCUCAAGAACAUACCAUGCAUAUGCGCAAGCACACCAGGGAAAAACCAUUCGAGUGCACAGUGUGCGACAAGAUGUUCUCUGAGUCUGGCGACCUGAGAACUCAUUUGCGGACACACACUAGAGAGAAAUCCUUCGAGUGCACGCUGUGUCAUCAGAUGCUUUCCAGUGCUGGCAAUCUAACGAGACAUUUGCGAACUCACACAGAAGAAAAACCAUUCGAAUGCACGGUGUGCCAAAAAUUGUUCUCCCAGUCUGACAAUUUGAAAAGACAUUUGAAAAAACACACCGGACAAAAAUCAUUCGAGUGCACGGUGUGUCAAAAACUUUUCUCCCAGUCUGACAAUCUGAAAACACACAUGAAAAAACACACCGAAAUGGAACAAUUUGAGUGCACUGUGUGCCAAAAGAAGUUCUCUGAAUCGGGAACUCUGAGGAGACAUUUGCGAAUACACACCGGAGAGAAACCGUCUGAGUGUGUCGUGUGCCACAAGACGUUCUCCCAUAGUGAUGGUCUUCGUAUACAUUUGCGAACACACACCGGAGAGAAAGCAUUCGAGUGCGCAGUGUGCCACAAGAUGUUCUCCCAGGCUAGCAAUCUAAGGAGGCAUUUGCGAACACACACCGGAGAGAAACCUUUCGAGUGCACCGUAUGUAACAGGGUGUUUUCCCAGUCUGAGUCUCUGAAGUCACAUUUGCCAACACACACCGGAGAGAAAGCAUUCCAGUGCGCCGUUUGCUACAAGACGUUCUCCCACUCUAGCAGUCUUAGAAAACAUUUGAGGACACACACCGGAGAGAAACCAUUCGAGUGCACCGUAUGCCACAGGAUGUUCUCUCAGUCUGACAAUAUGAGGAGCCAUAUGCUAAAACAUACCGAAGUAAAACGAUUUGAGUGCACCGUGUGCCACAAGACGUUCUCCGAGUCUUCUAAUUUGAGGAGACAUUUGCGAACACACACCGGAGAGAAACCAUUCGAGUGCACUGUGUGCCACAAGAUGUUCUCCGACUCUGGCGUCAUGAAGAUACAUUUGCGAACACACACCGAAGAGAAACCAUUCGAGUGCACCGUGUGCCACAAGAGUUUCUCCGAGGCUGCAUACCUUCGUGUACAUUUGCGAAUCCACACCGGAGAGAAACCAUUCGAGUGCACUGUAUGCCACAAGAUGUUUUCCGAGUCUGGCGCACUUGGAUUGCAUUUGCGAACCCACUCCGAAGAGAAAACAUUCGAGUGCACCGUAUGCCACAAGAGUUUCUCCGAGGCUGCAUACCUUCGUCUACAUUUACAAACACACACCGGAGAGAAAUCUCUUGAGUGCGUUGUGUGCCACAAGAUGUUCAUUGGAUCUAGCAAUCUUACGAAACAUUUGCGAAUCCACACCGGAGAGAAACCAUUCAAGUGCACCGUUUGCCACAAGAUGUUCACCGGGUCGGGAAAUCUGAAAGAACAUUUGCGGACACACUCCGAAGUGAAACCAUUCGAGUGCACUGUGUGCCACAAGAAGUUCUCUCUAUCAGGCACUCUGAGGAGACAUAUGCGAACACACUGAAGAGAACCAUUCAAGCAAUUUACACCGCCCGCCACAAGGGGUCCUCCAAAUGACGAAACUAAAGCGCACUGGAGGAAAACCAUUCCAGUGCUGCUUUUACAUUGAUGGCAAAAUUGGUUCAUUUCAUUGAAAAUGUGGCGUAAUAGUUUGGAAAAGUCGAUUGGAUUUAUGAAAUAUAUUUUGAUUGGUGUAACUUUACGUCCUGUUUGCCUGCACUGCACAUGAAAAGUAAUCGAAUGUAGCGUGUCUCCACUGAUUUGCCAAUGCACUGAAUUAUUUAAAGAAACACGUGUGUGCAACGCUGUUAUCUGUCCUGUGGGGAGUUGGGAGAGCUUUUGGCACUAAACACCAAACGCCGCACACCAGCUAUGCGAAGCACAAGCCGGCUGCUGCUGCUCGGCAUCACUUUGCUCAGAUAAUCUCGACCGCUGGUUUCGAAAUAAGCGCAGCUUUGGAGGCGUGGGGCUCCCGGGUGAGCGGGUAAACGUGGGAGAGGGGGGGGGGGUGCAGCCUCAUAGACACGGGCUCAGGACCCGCGACCUGGCGGCGUCGCGCGGGGGCUUAAAGCCGCAAACAUGUACACGGCACCCGGCCCAGGGGUGGGAGGAUGAGCUCCCGUUGGUCCCCGGAUGGUGGCCGCCGUUAAAGGGCUCUCUCGAAGGACAGAGGCCGCCCUGGCUCUCCCGUAGACAGUAUAUGGCUGCUGCCAGGGCUCCCGUAGGAAUAUCAAUUUGGACUCUACCGAGCGGUGGCUAGGUGGCUACCGUCAGGGCUCUGCCGUAGGGUAGGGUGGGGUGCUUACCGUCAGGGCUCUCGCGUAUAGGGUGGCUGCAUUCAGGGCUCCCAUAUCAAUAUCAAUUUGGGCUCACGCGCGUGUGACAUGGCGCCAGAGUGCCGUGAAGGACAACUGCACCUCAAUAGUCCACUCUGUCGCGAUCUGCUCUCCCCACCCCGCACUCCGCACUGCCCAGUGCACCGACAACGACCAGCGCGUCCUACGCACAAGGACUCUCUACUUGUCAACGCGUAGCUGGCUGCAACCUGUUGUAAGCAAAUGGGGUGGCUUAGGGGUGGCUCGCACGAGCGUUGACAUGCCAGCCAAAUACCUGUUCAGGUUUGUCAGCUUUGCCGGUCACAACUUGGGUACGCAGCCUCCUGGAGCGAAAGGAUUUGAGUUGGAGGAUGCGUUGUGUCCCGCUGUGGUGGUGCCGGCGGACGCACAUAUGUCAGCGAACGUCUAUAGUCGCUUUAUCAAAUUGUAAAACAGAGCCGUCUCUGAGCACAAACUAACGCUUGUUGUCCUC